CCAGCACUGAGGGCUGCAACUUCACUUCCCCAGAGAGACUGCCACUCUCAUUCCCCAGGCUGCUGCUGAGUCCAGUCCUCCUGGGAUCCGGAACCCUUUGGGAACACUGCUGACACCGAGUGCUCCAUCGGACAUACCUGUUGGAAACAGGAAAAGACGCUGGAGGUCUUCUAAGGAGAGUCAUGGCACACACUCUGGAGCCUCUAUCCCAGAUGCCCGUCAUCAAGUUCAAGGGCCAGGACUUUAAGACCCUGCGGGAUCGUUGCCUACGCAGAGGCCUCCUGUUUGAGGAUGAGACCUUCCCUGCCGAGAUUUCUUCCAUAGGCCCGUUGCUGCUCCAGGGAAAACACCUCUCCAGGCUGCAAUGGGAGCGCCCAAAGGAUUUAUUGAUGGGUAAAGCAGAGCCUCAUUUCAUCCUGGAAGGUGCGAGCAGAUUUGACAUCCAGCAAGGGGAGGCAGGAGACUGCUGGUUCCUGGCAGCACUGGGCUCCUUGACACAGAACCCACAGCAUCUGCAGAAGAUCCUGAUGAACCAAAGCUUUUCCCACCAGUAUGCAGGCAUUUUCUGUUUCUGGUUCUGGCAGUGUGGCCAGUGGGCGGAAGUGGUGGUUGAUGAUCGCCUGCCUGUCCUGAACAGGAAGUACCUCUUUGUGCAUCCUCUCAACAACCAAGAGUUUUGGCCGUGCCUGCUGGAGAAGGCCUAUGCCAAGUUCCGCGGAUCCUAUCAGCACCUGCACUAUGGCUACCUCCCCGAUGCCCUGGUCGACCUCACGGGAGGGGUGGUCACCAGCAUCGAGCUGCACUCCUCCCCUUCUGACCUAGUGACGAUGGUAAAGACUGCUGCCAAGGCAGGCUCCCUGAUGACCUGUGCCACGCCGGCCGGGCCGACAGGAGAAGCCACAAGAAUGGAGAAUGGCCUGGUGAGCCAGCAUGCCUACACCGUGACUGGGGCCGAGCAGAUUCAGUACCGGCGGGGCUGGGAAGACCUCCUCCGCCUGUGGAACCCCUGGGGCCAGGACGAAUGGCGAGGGCGCUGGAGUGACGGGUCUCCGGAGUGGCAGGAAACCCGGGACCCACGGAAAAGCCAGCUGUAUGAGAACAAGGAUGAUGGCGAGUUUUGGAUGUCAUGUCGAGAUUUCCAAAACAACUUCUCCUGCCUGUAUGUAUGUAACCAGUUUCCAGUCAGCCUUGACCUGGGACACAUGCCCCAUGAAAGAUGGUCCCAAAUGACGUUUAAGAACCACAUGACUCCAGGGAACACCACAGGUAUUGACUGGUCAUGAUCCUGGCACGGGUGCUGCCAGCCCUGGCCCCGUCCUACUCUUUCUCUUGCAGGACUUGAGAGGGACACACAGUACAUCUUCUCUGUGCCUGAGAGCGUGGAAGGCAACAAUGUCAUCGUGUCUUUCAACAUCAGGCCACAAAAUGUAAAGGCAGAAGAUGGGAAAUUUCCACUAAACUUCCAGGUGUUCAAGGUCGACCCUCAGUUUCGGCACUUCCAGGAGAGACUGCCGUCCACCUUUUUUUCCCGAUUCAGAAGUGCUGACAAGGGCAUCGUGACUAAAACCAAGUACAACCUCACGAAGUGCUUCACGCUGAGCCCGGGGACCUACGUGGCCGUCGCGUCUGCGCGCACAGAAGCAGUUGAGUUCUUGCUUCGAAUCUUCCUGAAAAUGCCAGACCCGGACCGGAACCUGGGCAGUGGUUUCAACCUCAGAGCACUGCAGACAAGUCUUCCAGAAAAUGGCUCCCAACAAAGCAUUUUCUACAAGUACGCCCAGCAGGGACGAGGCAUUGAUGCCACCCAGCUUCAGAGACUUCUCAACCAGGAAUUCCUGAAAGGACCUCCAGCGGACACCUUCUCUCUGGAUGCGUGCCGGGGCAUCGUGGCGCUGAUGGAUCUGAAAGUGAACGGGCAGCUCGACGAGGAGGAGUUCUCCAGGCUGUGGAGCAGACUCGUCCGCUGCCAGAGCGUUUUCCAGAACACCCAGAGGAACACGGGCGUUUUCCUGAGCUCGGAUUUGUGGAGGGCCAUAAAGGAUACAGACUUCCUUGCAGGGGUCUCCGUCGGCAGCGAGCUGCUGGAUCUCGUCGCCCUCAGAUACAGCGACAGCGCUGGCAAAGUCAGCUUCCCCAGCCUGGUCUGCUUCCUGAUGCGGCUGGAAGCCAUGGCAAAGACUUUCCACAACCUCUCCAAGGAUGGAAAAGGACUGUACCUGACAGAAGUGGAGUGGAUGAACUUGGUCAUGUACAACUGAAGCAAGGAGCAGAGCAGACCCCAGAGACCAGAGAACAGACCUACAGAUACAUAGUCUACAUCCCACCCUACUACAGCAGAAGCCCCUGCAGAGUCUGAUAGAAUAUUCCGGAACUGGGGAGCUCAAUAUUUUGUGUUUCCAUUGUUGGACACCUUCAGGUGUUAGGUGUUCUUUAUCUAGAGGCAACAAUCUAAUUCCCUGGAACUUUCUAUCCAUGCUUCAAGCUCUACUCUCUGGACCACUGUAGAAAAAUAGACUUGGACAUGGCAGACCUUCAAAUACUUUGCUGCCUACCCCAAAGCCUCUCUUCUUUCAUUAUCUCUGAUGGUUCUUAACUAGGACCUUUUGGUGACCAUUCUCUAUAUGCCAAUGUCCCUUUGGAGCGUCCAGUCCCCUAGGCAGCAGACCUGUGAUCAACACAUUCUGGGCUCCUAUUCUUUUUGUCAACAGCAUUUAUUUAAUCUCCCAAUCAUGUACCUUGAAAUUAAGACACAGACAUGGUUUCUAUAAAGAAAUAAUAUUUUAGCAUAAACAUUUCCUGAUGAAUACCUGGUGCUUACUAAUGAACAGAAGUCAACAAACAUUGCAGAUAUUCAAGUUAAUUAGAUUCAACUAUAUUUUCCUGAAUUCCCCUUUCAAUCCUUUUUAAAAAUAGAACACUUGAUCAUUUCCAAUUUGCCUGAUUCCUAUCUCCAUCUGCAUGAGUUCCAAUAUCAGGAAUGAUUCUUCAAUUGUAUCUUUAAGCUAAUUUUGCAUGUAGGACCUAAAGCUUGAACUAACUGAACUCUCAAUUAUCCUUUCUCCCAUAAAGGGUCUCAGCUCCCUCUGCACUAAUUUCCUCACACUUCCUGUUCCUUAAGAUUAUGUCAGAAGGAAGUAUAAUGUAAGUUGCGUGGUUAUGUGUGUUUCAGUCUCUUUCAGUAAUGCCUAUCAUCACCCUAAGAGUGCUCCCCCGACUUCCCUGUUAAUCACAGCCCUCUGCCAUCACAUUAUUAAAGCAUAUCCAUUCACUCUUGGCUCAUGGGUUGCUUCGCAGAAUUGGAGGCAGAAGGAUGAAUAAAUCCUGCCUCCAAAUCUACAAACCCACUUUUAUCUGUAAUCACCUCCCACCUUCCUCCCAUUAUGCUAGAGGGCAUGUUCCUCUGAGGAUGUCCUGGAUCUAAUUACCUUCCACCUUCUCAAGGGUUUGAUUGAAUGAAUGCUCUCCUCUGACUUCUGAAUACCAAACCUCUCUCUCUCUUUCUUCUGGAGCCUUCUAAUUCCAAUUUAAACGUGCUUCCCUCUUAAAUUUCCAGCCACAACUCCAUCUCUUUCCUCUCUUUACAGAAAAACACCCAUCGAGAGCCAACUGUCUCUACAUCCUUUCCUCCCACUUUCUCCUAAAGUUGCUAAAAUUCAGAUUUCUCAGACAUCAUCUCUCCCGGCCUUUUGCAUUGGCUCCCUAUCUGAUAUCCUAUGUUCACCCAUAUCCCUCAAAUCAGUUUCCUGCAGUCUGAGCACACUUUAAAAGAUUCAGAUCCAAUCACUGAACUCCCCAGGUAAAAAUCCUUCAGUGUUUUCCAAUUGAUAUUCAGGGAAUGUACGGAAUCCUGAACAUGGUCUGCAUCGCCUGGCCCCUGCCCUCCCAUCUCACCACCCUUGUGUCUCUCCUCCUUCCUGCACUCUACUUCCACCACCACAGCAUCAUUUUAUUUCCUCUAGUGUUUUAUUCUUUUCCCAGCCUCAGGGCCUUUGCCCUUACUGUCUGCUCAGCCUGGGGUUAGUUACUAACUCCUAAGAGUUCAGGUCUUAGCCCUAUUGGGUUCCCGUGUUAUUUACUCACAUAUCACACUACCCCAAUCAUAACAUUCAAAACACGUUUUUAUUGUUGUUGCCAACUUUUUCCCUUUUUAGAGCUUUAUUAUGAUGCAACCCACACACCAUACAGUCUACCCAUUUAAGGUAUAGGGUUCGAUGCGUUUCAGUAUAGUCACAGCGCUGUGCAACCGUCACCACAAUGUAAUUUUAGAAUAUUUUUCAUUACCACAAAAAGAAACCCCAUGCCCAUUAACGGUCACUUCGUAAUUUUGCCUGACACCUCUAGUGCUAGGCAACCUCUAUUCUACUUUCUGUAUCUGUUUAUAAUUAGAAUCAUAUAAUAUUUGGUCCUUUGUGACUUCUUACACUUAGCAUGGUAUUUUCACGGUUCAUCCACCGUGAUAGAAUGUAUCAAGACAU